ACAUUAUUUUGAUCUGUCAAGUCAAAAUGUAAUAACAAUAUUCAUAGCAAAUUAUAGAUUUCAAUAUUACUUUUUAAAUAUAUAAUUUAAGAUGGACCUAGAAGAAAUAAAAUCAUACGAACAACAGUUGAUUCAAGUGAAUCAAGCUCUUUCCAAGUGCUUAUCAGGCCCAAGUAAAGAAGAAUUACUAACAUUAAAAUCACAUUUGACAGAAUUAUUAGAACUAGCUAGUGGAAAUACUGAAAAUUCUAACAACGACAGUAAUGAAGAAACUCUUGACGAUGAGUUUGCAGCAUUUAUGGCAGAAAUGGAAAUGGAAGGUGCAGUUCAAAAAAAGAAUGAAGAAGUGGAAGUAUUAGAGAUUGAUGUUAAUGAGAUUGAAGGGAAAAAAUGUAGAGCCCCACACCAACAUCAAUGGGGAAGCGUCGCUUAUCACAAUGCAAUGAUUUGUUCAGUUGAUUCAAAUGAAAAUGAAAUACUUAAGGUCAGAGUUCUUUUUACCAAUCCUACUCACCAAGAAAUGUUACCUUGCCCGUUUUAUUACACAUCUGAAUGUAAAUUUUCAGAAGAGCAAUGCAGAUUUUCUCACGGUGAGGUAGUUCCAUAUUCUAGCCUUCAGGAUUACAUUGAGCCUAAUUUUGAAGUACUAAAUACGGGUAGUAUAGUAUUAGCAAAAAAGAAAGAUAAUUUAUGGUAUAGGGCACAAAUCAAAAGAUUAUAUGAACAAAAAUGUUUGGUGAAAUUCGAAAAUGAUUGUAAGGAAGCAGAGAUUAAUUUGGAACAUAUUUUUCCAUUAUUCAAUGAAACUGAUGAGAAUAGUGAUAAUGAAGGUGAAAGUUUAGGAGUUGUUAGUAAUAUAGAAGAAGUAGUUAAUAAAAGUUUAAUGAUAACACCUGCUAAGCAAGCAUUAGGUGAAUGGGAACAGUAUACAAAGGGUAUAGGAUCCAAAUUGAUGUCCAAAAUGGGUUACAUCGUAGGGACAGGUCUGGGAAAGAAUGCUGAAGGUAGAGUUGAUCCGGUCAGUGCAUUUAUAUUUCCGGCUGGUAAAUCGUUAGAUCACUGCAUGAAUUUACGGGAACUCUCUGGUGGUGAUAAAGAUCUUUUUAGUGUGGAAAAGAAAUUGAAGCGGAUUCAGAAGAGACAAGAAAUUCAGUCUAGAAAGAAUUACGAAAGACAAGAGAAACAACAAAAUGUUUUUGCGUUUAUAAAUAAAACUGUACAAGGAAAUGAAGAUAAAUUGAAAAAAUCAGAAAUAAGAGAGACUAUUAAGAAAGAAACUGAUAGAAGUUUGAAUAUAAAGAGUGUAACGAUAGAUGAAGAUAUUAGAAAAAUCGAAAGAGAUUUAGAACAUAUUAAAACGUCUUUAAAUAGACAGAAAGAUACAACAUCGGAAGUAUACAAAAAGUUGAGGGAUAAAUUAAAUCAAAGAGAAAUAGAACUUGUUCAGUGUAGAAAAAAUGCUCAGAUGAUUAAAAAUGAGCAAAGUUUGAGAAGCAAUAAGAAAAAAAUGACAGUAUUUUGAAUACAAACAAUAGUUGUAAAUUUUAUGAUGAUUUGAAAAUAAAUAAAUUUAAAU